CGGCACAACAUUGACCUACUAUCACAUCACAUAUAUCGCAUUCAAGCGCAAGUUCCCGCGAAACCCUAAACCAUCUAUGUUUUCGGCGGUACCAAAAGCAGGCCACACGAUGAUCGCUGCGUAUGCGACGCACACCGGACGCUCAGAUCCACACACGUCACACAUUAUAUAACUACAACGCCUGCAUGCGGGGGGGGUACGGUAGCCCCUGGGGUGUGCUUCCCCGUUCCCCAUUGGGCCUUGUUUGAUGCCGAGAGGGUCGUCUGAAAGCGAGGGAAAAGUCAUGUUCGACGAGAACGGCGGAGUUAGAUCCACGCCUGCACGGAUAGUCGCCAUAGACCGUGCUCAUCGGUGAAUAACGUUCUGCGAAUCAAGAAGGCGGCAACCAUGGUGUUGUGAGGUAACUGGAAAGGUAGCAAACGGGAUUCAGUAAGGACAGAGACAGAGAGAAGAGCUCUUCACAGGAAUAUCUGCCGGUGCAUGUUGCCCUGAGGCCCGUGUGCGUAUACAUUUUCUGAGUGUCAUGAUUGGCGUUCUGGGCAUCCUGUGUCGAAGUAGGAGUGUGGUGGGAAAUGAGGAUCCACUAGCGUAGUUGAUCUUUGGUGAGCUAGUGAUUUUGCGUAUUGUAGAAGAGGCUGGCUGAUAAGGGACAGCUGUACGUGCAGCGCGUUUCUCAUCUGUAAGGUCAGCUAUUCCUCCUGACUAUCUCUUGGCAUAGGAUUCUCUGUCUUCCUCUCUUGGUGCGGAUCUUACCCUGGUAGGUGUGGGUACAAAACACUUGCAGCCAUGUCGGCGUCCAGGUCCUCAAAGAUGCUCCAGUAUAUCAAUUUUAGGAUGAGAGUAACGAUCCAGGAUGGACGGCAGCUUAUUGGCAAGUUCUUGGCCUUCGACAAGCACAUGAACCUAGUGUUGGGCGAUUGUGAGGAAAUGCGGAAAUUACCUCCUGUGAGAGGCAGUGCGGAGAAGGAGAGGGAGGAGAGAAGAACCUUGGGUCUGGUUCUGCUAAGAGGGGAGGAGGUGGUGUCAAUGGCAGUGGAGGGGCCUCCUCCCUAUGAGGAGGCGAGAGCUAGGGCUCAUGCUGCAUCACAGGGCGGUCCAGGAAUGGGGAGAGCUGCAGGCCGAGGAAUUCCUACGGCUCCUCUGGGACAUGCACCCCAGGGGCUAGCAGGUCCGAUGAGGGGUCUAGGGGGACCAGCGCCAGGGAUGAUGAUGCCGCAAGCAGGGCGAGGCGGAGUUGCCCAAGUUUCAGCGGCCCCAGUUACUUACGGAGCACCCACCAGUGCUCCCCAAGGGCAAAUCCGACCUCCCAUGACGUUCCUGCCACCUUCAGGGGGACCGUCUGCAGGGGUCCGUCAGGGAAUGCCACCUCCAGGGUCAAUGUCGAUGCCAAUGCGGCCUCCCCUGAUUGGGGGGCCGCCGUCGUCAGGGAUGGGUGGGCCACCGCAGGUGGGUGUACAGCAGCGGCCAGGCAUGCCACCACCAGGCGGGCCAUCUUCCACACAGACCCUAAUGGGCUCAGGAGGAGCACCACCUUCGGCGCACCUAGGCGGUCCUGUCCCACAGUCAUCAACGACCGGGCAGUCAAUGAUGACUCAGCAAGGCCAACCAGGCAUGGGACUACCCCAGUCAAUGAUGCCUCCACCUGGAAUAGCAGGAAUGCCCCCAAUGAUGCGGCCUCCCAUGGCAGGUAAUGCCAUGAUGAGACCUCCACCCCCUCCGCCAAACCUCUUCCAGUCUGGUGGUCCUCCCAGACCAGGGAUGCCACCACCGCCGAUGGGCAGUGGUCCACCCCGCCCGGGGAUGCCACCACCACCCAUGGGAGCCCCUGGAAUGAUGCCACCUGGUGGUGCCCUCCCUCCCAGGCCAGGCAUGCCUGGUGGCCCUCCAAAUAUGCAGCCACCUCCACAGCGUUAACCGCAGUUCUUUUGUCUCUAUCAACAGUGACUGUGUGUGAGAGAGAGAGGGAUGGAUGGAGGGAAGGAGCAUCUGCGUGUGUGUGUGUGUGUGUGUGUGUGUGAGGGAGAGAGAGAGAGAGAGAGAGACGGGGGAAACUUCCGGUAACCGAGGGAGCUGCGAAAGAGCCCCGGGGAAUGGGGAGGUCGGAUAACGCUGCGGGGAGGGGGGGGGGGAGGGAGGGGGAAGAGAGACACAGAGAGAGAGAGAGAGAGAGAGAGAGAGAGAGAGAGAGAAUUCUCUAGGGUUUUGUUCUUCUGUCGUCUUGCUUUUUCGUUUGCUAGACGAAACGGUUGCGGGGAGAGAGAGAGAGAGAGAGAGUAUUCUGUAGGGUUUUGUUCUUCUGUCGUCUUGCUUUUUCGUUUGCUACACCAAACGUUUGCAGGGAGAGAGAGAGAGAGAGAGAGAGAGAGAGAGAGAGAGAGAGAGAGAGAGAGAGACGGGGGAAACUUCCGAUAACCAAGGGAGUUAUGAAAGAUCCCGGGGGAUGGUGGGGAAGUCAGGGGAGGUCGGAUAACGCUGGGAAGAGAGAGAGAGAGAGAGAGAGAGAGAGAGAGAGAGAGAGAGAGUUCUUUUUGUUAUCUGGCAUUUUGACUUUCAUAUUCUCUGUUUUUAUCCGUGUGGUGUUCCCACUUGGACAUUUUUUCUGCAUUCUACGGUAGGGCCUCCGCUCAGUUUUAGGAUCCUCGCUUCCAUUGGCAUAACCAGGGAAGAGAAAGACGAGGAGGGAGAGGUAGAGAGCGAGUGAGUGAGAGCGGGAGACAGGAGCACUUCGAAAGAUAAUUCGAGAUCGAUGAAGCAAGAGUAGAGGGAGAGGGGCCAGCGAGAGAGGAGGGUGGCGAAUGGUGGUCGAGCGGGGGGGAGAGAGAGAGAGAGAGAGAGAGAGAGAGAGAGAGAGAAAUGGCAGAGCAUGGUCGUCUUCACGAAGUUUGUGUACUUGUGUUUUGGAUUUUGUUUCUUGGAUGUUGGUUUCGUUUUGUCCGAGUUUGUUUUUAUUCAUUAAGUUACUUGGAAGUUCUCAUCUUCUCAUAUCGUCAUCUUCCUGGAACAAGCUUUGCGUUGAACUAUUUCGCAGACGGUAGACGUCGUUCGAAAUUACGGUCCAGCAGUAUUCUUCUCUCUCUCUCUCUCUCUCUCUUUCUCUGUGGGAAUGAGCAGAGAGAAAGAGGGGUGUUUCUCACUGGCCUUCGCUCUCGAUAGACGGAACACGAAAUAUCCCUCCAGCAGUAUUCUUCCUGAUCCCUUUCUCUCUCUCACUGCCUCUCUCUCUCUCCCUCUCUGUGUGAAUGUGCAGAGAGAAAGCCGGGUGUCUCUCGCUGGCCCUCGCUCCUGAGAGACGGAACUCGAGUAGAGUCAGUCUCGCCAGCUGGUUAUUUUAACAGAUUAUGGGAUAUCCACUUAAUGAAACCUCACAAGAGAAACAAAAUGUUCAACCGUGG